AUGUUUUGCGGGAAUGCCAUCCACACGUCCAAGUACUACAUCCUCCCUCUUUCUUCGCUACUGCUUCAAAUGAAGUUCAUUGCGGUUCUUUUCUUCGCUGCUCUCGCCUUCGCUGCUCCUUCAUAUCCUGCGGACCAUUCCACGGCUAUUGAAGAUGAUGCAAGGCUGCUCCCGCUCUCCAUGGAUUACUUCUACAAGCACAUAAAAGGAUACGAACUCGGGAGCAACGAUACUGCAAAGCUCUCACAACAGAUUAUUGGAGUUGCUGACGCAUGCUAUGACAAGCUUUUAACUACGGGAAACCUAACCACAGCAAACGCCAAGAACCUUUCGGAAAUUUUCAAGGAAACCGAGGAUAUGACUACCUUGAUUUCCAAAGCCCUUAUUGAAAAAAGGCAGGAUAUAUCCGAAGCUGCUGCUUGUCGUGAUUUCGAGCGCUACCUCAAAGAAAUUUACGUCCACUUGCACGAAUUUUUCGAUCUUGCUCAGAGAUUGUGGCCAGUGAAUAGGUUGCCCACUGCUGCACAGCAAUACACGCCAAUUCUUGAAAUCCUGACCAAGGUACAAACGGAGUUCUCAAAAGAAAAAUGCAAGGAUGCUAUAAUUCCAACACUUACAUAG